AUGUAUCACUACGAGCCACUGCCAUCGCCGCAGUUCAUCCGGCUUGUGAACAUCAUCCGCGACGACUACAGCGAGCACGGGUUCUCUGUCCGUUUGACGACUCACUCCCUCCACGACCUGCCGCCAUUCUGGGCGCUCUCUUACACAUGGGGCUCUCCGGAUUUUCAAAGCGACGAUCCCCAGGAUGCGAACGCGGAGGGAAAGCGUUUCAGCAUCAAGUGCGAUGGGGAUGAUAUGGAAAUCGGCGAAAGCCUCUACGACUUCCUGCGACACAUGAACGAAGACAUGUUCGCUGCAUCAGAUCCCUCCGGGCCCCAAAGGUAUCCAAAGCCUUCCACAAACUCUCGGCGCUUGGUCUUCCCGGAGAGGCAUUUCAACUUCUGGGUCGACGCCAUUUGCAUCGAUCAGCAGAACGACGACGAGAGGUCGGAUCAGGUGCAGCUUAUGGGAAAGAUCUAUCAAUCCGCAAGUCGCGUCGUUGCGUGGCUUGGAAACACGGAACCUAACGAUAAUGUCAACUGGGUCAUCAACAGCUUUGCGCCAAUGAUGCUGCAUGUGUCACGAUCCUCGUCAAGACCUAAAGUCAUCCAGCUCUGUCAGGAUACUGGUCACGAGUUGAAUCAUCCCAAAGCGGAUGAGCUGAUAGGGGCAGGGGUGUGUGCGCGCUGGCGUCGUUCGUAUUCGGACUUCUUUUCAUUCUUUGUCAAGAAGAGAUGGCUCACCAGGGGAUGGGUUGUCCAAGAGGCGGCAAUACCAGAGCCGCACACUGUGGUCUUGUUGUGCGGCAGGAGUCAGUUCUCGUGGACAACCAUCAACAACUUUGCCUCGUUUAUUCUCAAUGUGGGCUGGGACGACACACUCGAGGCAAGCCUGAAUGAAUCUCUACCAGAAUGGAAAGAGAGGAAAGGGACCAUCGAUCGUCUCUGGAACCCCGUUUCAACGUCCCUACCAGACUUCCAAGAAGAGACCAUCAACGAUAGUAUGGUUGACUGGCAAAACAGGCGCUGGGGCGCGGUCACUGAUGAGGAGGUACGGCAUGCGGAGGUCUUGCACAAUUUUCACCGAUUACGAUUCUAUGAGUUUCAAAACCCCUUGGAUCACAUCUACGGCACCCUGGGCUUGAUGCCCCUGAUUCUUGGACCAAAGUACCCUCUAGGAGUGACCCCAAGUUACGAUAUUGCCGUGGAGCAAGCUUUCACCGACGUCGCGACGUGGCUGAUCCCGCAUCUGCCCAACUUGGAUAUUCUAGGUCUGGCAGGCCUUGCCUUAGGAAGAAGCGGUGCCUUGCCCUCAUGGGUGCCCGACUUCUCUUUUCAUGGCCCAGCGUGCCACACGUCCUUGCAGAGGGCGCGCCAAAUAAGGAUGAAGUACGCUCGCUGGUACGGACCGCUCGACGCCACACGCACGACGAGCCUAUUCGAAUCCCCGAAGCCAUUUGCUCGUAUCGAGGGAUUCAGACUGAAACUCGAAGGCAGUCGCAUCGAUAAGAUCAAGAAGAUACACAGGCUACAUCACGAUGACCAGGGAGUCCUUUGGAACGUCUCCUGGAUUUUGGACUUUUGCAAUCGAAAUGACGCCUACAUCACUGGAAGUGGCUCACUAGCCGAGGCCGUUGUGCAUACACUUAGCGCAGACAUUAGGCCAAGAGUCAUAUUGAAAAAGGACUACAAGGAGCGAAGUGAGGAUUGGGUUAGGGACUGCAUAACAUAUAAUUGGCUGCUGAGUCAAGAUGGUAAGAAACCGGUUCUCCCCGGGGGGGUUAAGGAUGGAAGGAGGAGGAGACCCUUCAUGACCGUAGAAGACGCUCUCAAGAGAGGAUCUCAGGAUGGCUUUCGCUCAAGCCUGAUUGACAAUCACAUUACCAAAGUCAUUGAUUUUGUCACUCCUGGACGGCAGGUCAUAAUGACUGAAGGAGGCUUCCUUGGACUCGGACCUGCCGAGGCGCAGAUUGGCGAUGAAAUUUGGCUGAUGCGAGGUGGGAGGAUGCCGUUGAUCUUGAGAGAUUCAUGUAGGACGGGUGUAGUUGGUAGGGAAUACUUGUUGGCAGGGGAAGCAUAUAUCCAUGGGGUUAUGCAUGGAGAGAUGAUGAGCGACAAGCUAAGACAGAGUUUCCAAGAGGUUACUAUUGUGUAG